GUUUCAAAGUCGACUCGAGUAAUAAAGGUGGGAUAGGUAGGGGCGAUCACUUUCUCCAGGUCGAGGUAGAACGUGCCGAGUUCUCUCCAGCACUGACUUCAUGAACAUUCAAACGAACAUCAGCUUUUUACCAACGAAGUCAAGUGGACGUCGAAUUUGAUAACUUAUUUUUUUUCUCUUUCUCUUUUUUUCUUCUUUUUUCUUUCUUCCUCCGAAAGAAAUUUUGAGGAAGUUGUCCAAUACGAUGAAUAAUAUAUCAAUUACGUUCAUUAUCUGUCAACGUUAAUCUAUCAUCGAACUAUACAUCAUCGAAAGUGUUGAAAUUUUAAGUGUUCGGUGAAACAAAUAAUAAAUGAGUUAGAGUGUCGAUACUUACACAUUAUUUUUCAAUUUCAUUAAAUAAAAUCCACGAAAUGCUACUGUCAAAGAUAUUAUACGUCUUCGUUGGAUUUUACAUCGUCCUGUUAUCCAUGGUCGAUUCGAUGCCACAAGAUGCUCCGUCAUUCGAACUUCCAAUACAACUUAUUGGCUUUCCCAUUAUCAUAGCCGCCGUUAGGGUAUCGAAUUUUAUUAAAAAGUUGGCUUAUUCUUUGAAUCCAGAGACCUAUGCGAACAGAACUAAACGAAUGACACGUUUGAUCCACGACGAAGAGAUUUUAAAUGUUGGACAAAUCGAAAAGAAGCUCGUUGAAAAACUCGGUAACAAUGUAUGCGUUUACGAAAGAAUAUGCGCUAAAUAUGCUACGAAAACGUUACAAAGAAGAAGCAGAGAACGUGUCCUAGAUUGGGACGUUAUAUUCAGAGAAUAUAAAUCGUCGCCAAAUCCGAUGAAAGAGAAUUACCUUUUGAGCGUCUUCCUUGGAGAUGUUAUUGGCAGUCCGAGGCUUUGCCAUCAACUGGCGAAGAGAGGAAGAGCUUGUGACGAUGAUACUCCGUCGGAUUAACUGAGAAGGACGUUACGAGAACGGAAGAAGGUCGUGUGGCUUCGCGAGGGAUUGUAAAUAUUAUGAUGCCAUAAACGUUACACUGAUCACCAACCAGUUCUUCCUCGUAUGAAAAUAUUGUUUUUCUUUUCUUUUUGUUUUCUUUUUCUUUCUUCUUCUUUCGUUGAUAUCGAAAUAGAAGCGCAAAAUUUAUAUCUACGCAUACGUACAUACAUAUACACGCAUACAUAUAUAUAUAUAUGUAUGUAUGUAUGUAUGUAUGUAUGUAUGUAUGUAUAUUUGUUCGUUAUAUUUUUCUCAUGUUAUUACUAUUAUAUAAAAAUCAAUAAUGUAAUGGAUUACCUAAUAAUACGAUUAUAAUAAAUAUCUGUUUAUAUUUUACGAAAAUAUAGUUUGUUCUUUCAUUGUAUUAUAAAAAUGUUGAAUUUUUCUUUGU